AUGGCAGUUCAUGCGAUUUCCAAGCUGGACAACAGUCAACAUGCUAGCUUUGAUGUCCAGUCUAUCCCUCAGUCCGUGUUACCGGAGUCUUCAGUCAGGGUUCGCCCACUACUUAUAAGUCUGACCUCGAACAACUUGAGUUACGCCCGAAUGGGUCAAAUUUUGCAUUGGUGGGACGCAUACCCCGUGUCCGAAAACUAUCCCGCACCAUACAACGACCCAUCAACAUGGGGAAUUGUCCCUGCUUGGGGUUACGCGACAAUCGAAGAAACCACAAUCCAAGAGUUACCCAAAGGCACAAUUCUCUAUGGGUUCUGGCCAACAACGAGCACACCAACCGAUCUCCAACUCAAACGUGGCGCGACAAACGGUCACUGGAUCGAGAUCAGCGGACAUCGUCAACAGAUGAUGCCCCUGUACAACCGCUACUUGGUAACACCAACAUCAAACCCGAUCAGCGACCUAACCACCGCAACCACCCCGUCACCAUCCGCCCAAGAAGAAAUCGAGCGCAUGGCAUGGACGGCUCUCUUCAUCGGCGGCGUAGCCGGCUACAUCCUUAGCGAAUACGUCUUCUCAUCAGACCCAGAAACCCAACCCUCCAUUCACCCCCUAGGAGCAGCAUCCAAGCUCCCUUGGUCCCCAUCGGACGGCGACAUCACCUCAGCGGUAGUGAUCAACCUAGCCGCGUCGACAAAAACGGCCCGUGUAUUCUCGUACUACGUAUCACGAAAGCCGGAGGGCUCAAUGCCCCUCGGUUUGUUGCAUGUCACAUCGUCCGUGUCACGUAUCACAGAAGCCGAUCAGAACCUGGCCACUCGGAUUCCAUCCAAGGCUGUUAGCUACGGGGAUGUUGGGGCUGGGGAGACUGGGGAUUGGCUUGCUGGGCGGAAGCCUGAGAAGCUUGUUAUUAUUGACUUUGGGGCUCGCGGGAAUGCUCUCGGUGACUUGCUUGAUUUGGUUAAGAGUCGUGAUGAUUUAAAGGAUUGUAAGGUUGUUAUUAUUCAGGUUGGGAGUGAGCAGAGGGUUUACUCUACUGAGGAGAUGUUGGCUGAGAGGGCGGCUGUGGCGGAGCUUGGGAAGAUUCAGUUUAAUACUUCUGGUGUUCAAGAUACUGUCAUUGAGAGGAUGGGUCACGAGGCAUACUUUGCCAUGAAGGAUGCGCUUUGGGACAAGUGGUUAUCUGAGCGACACUUGAUUGUGCCUGGGAUGCAGAUUGUAUGGGGUAAGGGUGUGUCGGGUGAUGGUAUUGAGAAAGGCUGGGAAAGAUUGUGUCAGGGUCAGGUUGGGGCUGAAGAAGGAUUAGUUUAUAAAUUGCAGUAG